ACUUGAUUUUUCAGUAGGACUAGGAUGCAACAUUUUUCUUAUGCCCUGAUUAAGUUACAAACAGAAGCUACAAUAUUUUGGAAGUGUUCUGAAUGUGAGAAGUUACAAUAAUAUUUUCUAUAUUUAAAAAUGGAAGUAGCUGAAUGUAAGAUAACACCUGGUACAGUUAAACCAAGUCAAGUACUGGAACAGAUUUGGCAUCUAAACCUAAUGAUAAGAGAAACACUUCUAAAGAGUGACCUUCAAGAUAAUGAAGCUACAGCAGAGUAUGUGCCUAGAUUGAUCUUCCUCAUGCAACAGCUCAGCAGUUCCCUCAGCCAACAGUUACAACACAAUACAGAGAUCCUACAAGACACCUGCCAGCUAUUGAAUACUCUUCAGAGCAAACAUAAACAACUGGUUUCAAGGCAAGAGAUCAUCACUCUUGUGAGUUGUCUUCAAAAAAUAAAUGAACUCUUUCUGGAUACAGUUACACAUCUUCAAGAGGCAAAAAACAAAUUUUGUGAUAUUAGAUGCAGACAUGAUGAUAAAUCUCAAUCCCAGAUUGUUCAAGAUGUUUUCAAUGAAAUAGUUGUGUGUAAAGAAGAAGAGACACAUUCUGGGAAAGUAUCUGCUGGUGUAAGUCAGCCACUCCAGGUAACUUCUCCCAUGAAUGAAAGGAAAAGUCCAAACAUUCACCAAGUCCAGCCAAGUGAAAACAAAACAGUGGAAAAAGAAACUGCUAUAUCAUUAAGUGAAAAAAAUCCUGAUCAAGAACAGGCAGUAAGCAGAGACCUCCCAAAGCUAAUGGAAAAUGAAGAUCACAAGCUACUACAGAGUUCACAUACAGAGCAAAAAGAUUACAACAGAAAGGAGGAAAGUCAUGGAGCAGGGUCUUAUAAUAAGAAAUGCCCAAACAGAGCUUUUCAAGAAGUUCCUGGGAGCAAUGGAGAUGAUAUAAUUGUAUUUGGAAAGUCCAAAGAUAUCUGUGAUAGAUUUGUAAUUAAUCUUUCUGAUCAAGAAAAGGCAAUAAGUGAAGAACCCCCAACUCAGAUGGAAUAUGAAGAUCACAAACCAAGAGAGAAUUCAUAUGAAGAAGAAAAUGAUGACAACAAAAAGGAGGAAAUUUAUGAGAUUACUGGGAGCAACAGGAAAAAUACAAUUGAGUCUACAAGGUUGGAGAAUAUAUGGAAUACACCUGCCAUGAAUCUUUCAACAAAUGAUUCAGAAAAAGUGGAAAGAUCAAGUCCCUGGAUGAACAAAGUAUUUGUAGCAGAAGUGAGUGAUAAGAUUGAACCUGAAGUUGCCUGUUAUAUUACAGCACCUUCCAUCACUCUAGAGAAUUUAGUAUGCAGGAUCAUCAAUGACAUGAGUUCCUUGGUGGUGGAAGAUUCUGAGGAGCUGGUCAGCAAUGUCAUCAGUGUUGCAUGCUUAGACCAUGGAAAAUUAAUUCCCUUUCCUAUCAACUUUGCAAUCCCAUUCACUGCACGCUACAGAGGAAAUUAUCGAGACAUCAUGGUGAAGGUGACUGAUAUGAACUUUCAAUCAAGUUACUUAACUCCCAUUUCCUUUGAUGGGUGCCAGGGAAAUCAGAAGGGGGCCUUUGCAGAAGUGAAAAUUUACCAGCUUGGUAUUUUUUCUGUGGUGUCAUGCUUAAAAAAAGAAACAUUCACCAUUCCAAAGAAAGGGCUCUCACAAAAGCUAAGCAUGGAUUCUAGAAUCUCUUUCUACUACCCUCCAGAAACGUUCAGUUCUCCAGUGACCGUGCAGUUAAAGGUCCAGCCAAUUGAGCCAUCACUGGUUUCCAUAUUAAAGGCAAAAUAUGACACGUACCAUUCAGUUGUGUCUACUAGCCCAUUGGUUCAUAUCCAGCAUCCUUCACCCCAGCCAUUUAACAAGUCAGUCAGUGUUAUUCUACCCUGUCCUCCAAAUCCAGAAAGAGAGAGUCCAGGAGAUGCAACAGAACAUGCAAGAGCGUCUAGUGCCGCUGUAACCAGGGUUACAACUGCAUAUCAUCUUCGGGCAAUGAGUGCCUCGGUGAGAAAACAUGGAGAUAAUCUCAGUGAAUCCUUGAAAGUAUUGGGUUACAGAAGCAAAGAAGAGGAGUGGGUUGUGCUUGAUGAUGUUAUUGUGCGGAAUGCACAGAACGGACUUGUAUCAUUUGAAGUAGAUGAGUAUCUAGAAAGCUUUAUUGUCAUUCGCCUCUCAUUUGCCAUGGACAAUACACAUCUAGUUCUGUUUAUCCAGGCUCUGGAGGAAGCCAUUCGUAACACCAUGACUAAUAUCGUACUAUAUCGGAAAAAAGAAAACCCUCAUAGAAUAGUUGUUUUACUGGUUCUGUCCAAAGAACUGAACUGGGAGCUGCAAAGCCUACGUGAGGAGGGAUACUUUGGUCCUCCAGACCCAACACAACAGUUUCAACUAAGAGAAGGAGAGCAGAUUCAUUUUAGAUUUACUGGCAACAUAUUUGCCUCAGAUGAUGGGAAGAAUUUUGGAAAAGUCUACAGGCUUAUUUUUCAUUCACAAAGAAAGCCCAGACUGGAGCUCCAACUCAAAGAAGUGGAUGAAUUUGGUAACUACAGCUCACCUCAUUACAAGGGAAUGGCAGUGUUUUACAAAAUGUCCAGAGAAACAAUAGCCAAGAACCGGGGUCAACCUCUUCUGCCUGCUGACUAUCAGGACCAGUCACCUUUAUGCAAGUUAGCACUAACCUUACCAAAACAUGAAAAAUCAAUCAACCGGCCACAAAGCACAAAAAGAAUUGCUACAGAUUCAUCAGAGGCCCUAUGGGAUAACUUGCUGUACUGGCUCGCAGAGGAGCUCUCAGAAGAUAAUGCAUCAUUGCUCUCUCUGCACCUGCCUAUCCGUCGGAGCACUCUUCAGCUUGUUAGACUGAAAUGCCCUGAUAAUCUAACACAUCAGAUCUAUGAGCUUCUUUGCUUCUGGAAAAAGAAUCUUCCAAGAUCAGCUGAUAAACAGCGACUCCUAUCUCGUUAUCUUCGUAAGAGUGGCAGAAGUGAUCUUUCUGAAGAGCUCAGGUUCAAGUGGGAGAAUAAAGCAUUCACUUGGCAAAAGCACUGGCCUGAGAUGAACAACUAAAAGACCGAUAUCUGUAUGUUUUCACCUUGGGAAAUCUGAAUGUUUUUCUGCAUGUGACUGCACAAGUAGUCAAUUUCCAAGUGACAUUUGCUUUAGCUUAAACCAUUUUAAAAUUUUUACAAUGAAUUGGCAAACGGGAAAAAAGACCAGUCAGUCCACUGGGUGUUGUUUAACUGUUCAGUAAAUUUUCAUCCUCUCCAUGAUAGCACAAGUUGCCUACCUUGACUUCUUUAUAUUCUUCCCCUUGCCUAAUAACAGCUCACGUUCCUCAAUAAAAUCAAACAAGUUGCUGAAAAUACAGAUACCAAGAACUACAUUCAGCUUUUGGAUUUACACAUAGGGCUCCACUGACUGUAGUAGGAUCUGGUGUUUACCAAUGUAGCCCUAUAUUAUAGGGGCACAUGAAUUACCAUAUUUCAUCAGCCCAAUGAGUAAUCUAGUUCAGUAUCCUAUUUCUAAUGUUGGUCAGUACCAAAUUCCUAAUAGACCAUAAUAGACAAUUGCUAUAAAGCACUAAUAGGGGAAGCUUCUUCUAAACUCAAGCAGCUAGUCUUUAUCUCUAGGACAAAAAUUGAUAUUCCCUAUGAAUAUUUUAUCCUUGUGAGUGUAACUGCCAAUUAUACUCUUAUUAUUCAUAAGAAUGUCUAAGGCUCUUCUGGAUACAGUUAAAUCCUUUGUCUCAAUGCUAUAUCUAUAGCAAUGAGUUCCACAGAUAAAUACUGAAAUCUGGAGAAUAUUUCUUAAUUUAAAAUUUAUUGCAGUGUAAUUUCAUUCAGUGUCCUGUGUUCUUAUAUUAUGGGAAGAGGUAAAUAGAAAUGCCUGAUUGACAUUUGUAUACUAUUGCUUAUUCAUUUACUCUGUAUCACUUCUUAUUCAGCUCCUCUCUGAACUAUUAUGUAAAAUUCCUCUCAGCUUUAAAAUGGAGUCAUGACCAAGGCAUCCCUAAUAUUGCAUCUCAAUUGCCAUACAUUAUUGCCGUAUUUGAAUUACUGUGUUCUUGCAACACAUUAACUGAAAGUGACAGCGUGUAGGACCUAAUCACUAAUAUAUUGCUAUCCAUCUGGUGUGCCACAAACCUGUUUAAGGGGUGUGCCAUUUGCAUUAGUUGCUCAAGGCUCAAGAUAGCUGGAAAGCCACAGUGAAUCAGAGGCUGCUGGAAGGAAGAUACAGAUAUUUGAUAUUUAUAAACAACUAUCAAUUGUACUUACACACACAGCAUAUAUGGAAGUAGUCUUUAAAAUCCAGUCCAUUUGUGCAGACUUGUUCUAGUUAUAAUUAUUUUCCAGCUUGAUUAAAAAAAUCUUCAAAUUCAAAAUAAAUCUUGGAAAAUAUCCUAAAUUAAAAGAAAUUCUAAACAGUGGGCAAGCUCCUGCUAUUAGAAUAUCCUCAAGUAGCUAUCACAUGUAAGAAAACUACAGCUGAGUAAGACAAACAUCAAUCUAUUGAUUGACAGAUUCAGCCUGAAGAACACACACUUUUAAAAAGCAAUUUAGAAACAGCACAAGAAUUAAUUUGGUCCAUUCUGUGAGACAUAAGUGCAAAAAUAUGCACUCAUUUUCUUUUCUUAAAAAGAAAAAAGCCCUCUAAAACCAGAUUACAUUUAAGUGGAGCCAAUCAUUUUGUCAGUAGCAAUUGAAUUUAGCUCUCUUGUAUUUUUGUCACUUACUCUGCUAACACAUUCGUCAUCAAUUAAAAGCAAUUAUUUUGAGUACUUUCUAUAGUUACUUAUUCUGAAGCAACUUUAGGUCCAGAUACCAUCAAAAUUCAUAGUUGAAACUAGCAUAAUGGGAUGGUCCAUGACAAAGGUUCCUAGGUGGUACAGUAAUACAAAUAUAAAUUGUAAUCAUAAUCAUGAAACUACUGUGAGAACUUUUAACUCUACUUCCAAAUUACAAGCAUUCUGUGCUACCACCUUCAUUCUACCACAAGAUGGCCUCUGUGUCUAGCAUAAAGUUUAUUCAACUAAUCUUCAGUUGCAGGAAAGCAAUAAAGGAUAAAAUGCAGUUUCUCUAUCAGGACCUUGAUUUUCCAGUGCUCUGCACCUUGUGCAGUCAUUUACAUCUGUGCAAAGAAGUAAGAAGAUUGGUUUCAAUUUCCUGCUCCUCCACAGGUUUCCACUGUAAUCUAUCAUAGGUGGGGUGACCAGACAGCAAGUGUGAAAAAUCGGGACAGAGGGUGGGGGGGUAAUAGUGGCUUGUAUAAGAAAAAGCUCCAAAUAUUGGGACUGUCCCUAUAAAAUCAGGACAUCCGGUCACACUAAUCAUAGGACUUACAUGUGCAUCAUUGCCUUAGUAUCUCAGUGCCUCGCAGUUUAUUUAUACUCACAACACCCCUGUUAUCUAUGGAAGUACUAUUAUCCCCAUUUUAAGGCUGGAGAACUGAGACACAAAGAUGUUAACUGACUUGCCCAAAGUUGCAAAGAAAGUCUGAAGCAGAGCACAGAAUUGAAAUUGAGUCUCCCAAAUCCUAGGCUAGUGCCCUAAUCCCUGGCCACCUUUCUCAUCCUUGACCUUAGACAAGUCAUUUAGUUCUCCUGCAGUAAAAAAGUGAUAAUUAUUUAAGUGGGCUGUUGUGAGAAUAACUACAUCCUGAGAUGCUCAGACAGUACAGUAAUGAGCAUCAUAUCAGAACCUAGGCUAGACGGAUAGAAAGUUGAUGUAAAAAAAUGCUGUGGUUCUGGUUUGUGUGCACUUCACAAGUAAGACUACUUAAGGUGCAAAGCAAUGGCGAGUCAGACCCAUUACAAACUUGUAAUGUAGGCUGGCUUCAAACAGGUGUGUAGUUUAAUUAUAUUGUAUUAACCAUCUGCACAUUGUAAUCAACUAGGAAAUUUACCAAUGUACUGUACAUAUAUGAUAAUUUAGGUUAGAAAUGACACAUGAAUUGUUAUGGAUAAAAUUCUGACUUUUGGACUUAGAGUAGGUUUUCAAACCAUUUAUGAACAAGAUAAUGCUAUGCAAGUUUUUAGGGCUUCCCUGACAGUUUGAUAAUAAUGCUUAGCUUUCUUUUUUAAUCACUUUCAGAUCUAUGAAUGAAAAGCCACUAGCAGUGCUAGUUAUUUUAACUUCUACUGUAAAAAAAACCAAUUCCACUUUAGACGACAAUGCAAUAGGUGCAUUAACCUAUUAAAAAUUUCAGAUAUAAUAAA